GGCGACGAGUUUGGGGCCGCGCAGGGGGAAAAAGUUCACAGCACAGUUCCUGGAACCACUUCUGCAAGUGCAGUUCAUACAAUGAAAUGCAGCGUGCCUGAAAUAUCAUGGCACAACAGAGACCCAGUGCUCAGUUUGGAUGUGCACCUUUCAUCAACAGCUUGUAAUCCUUACCGGAUUGCAACAGGUGGCAAUGACUCCCAUGUUGUGAUCUGGCAGGUGACGGUGACUGACGGCGAUGCCGCCGUCGAGGUGCUCGCCGACCUCACGCACCACCUCAAGCCCGUCAACGUGGUCCGAUUCGCCCCCACUGACGACAUCCUGCUGGCCUCCGCCGAUGACGACGGGCACAUCAUCCUGUGGCGGCGGCAAUCGCAGCCGGACAUCAUGAUGGAGACGGACGGCGGCACCUUCCGCGAGCACUACAGCAUCAGCAAGACGCUGCGCGGCCACCUGCAGGACGUGUACGACCUCUGCUGGUCUCAGGACGGCAGCUACAUCAUCUCCGGCGCCGUCGACAACACCGCCAUCAUCUGGGAUGUUCAGAAAGGGGUCAAGAUGAAGAUCCUGAAUGGCCAUGACAGCUUUGUUCAAGGUGUAGCGUGGGACCCACAGAACAAAGUAGUAGCAACUCUUAGCUGUGAUAGGCACUGUCGAAUAUUUAAUGUACAAAGUGGAAAAUGCAUAGCGAAGGCGCAGAAGAUAAAGAUGCCGUGUCAGAAAGAUGAUGGCACUACAGAAGAAAAGCCGUGCCGCCUGUUCCACGACGACACGCUGCAGACGUUCUGCCGUCGGCCGACGUUCAGUCCGGACGGCUCGCUGCUGCUGGCGCCGGCCGGCCUGCUCGAGGACGGCACGGACGCGCGCCACGCCAACGUUGUGCACGUCUUCUCCCGACACGAUUUCACCAGGCCUGUGUUCUGCCUGCCGUCCGGAGACAAGUGCAGUAUCGCUGUCCGAUGCUGCCCCCUGCUCUUCAAGCUGCGCAUGCGCAGUGCGCCCGACCCCAGCCGACCGCUCUGGGAGCAGACGCACAACCUGCUGGAGCUGCCGUACAGGAUGGUGAUGGCAGUGGCCACGCGCUGCUCGGUCCUGCUGUACGACACACAACAGCAGUCGCCGUUCGCCAGGAUAUCCAACAUCCACUUCACUCGGCUCACCGACGUCAGCUGUGUUGCAGGCCAGCCCCGCCGGCCGGCGUGUGUCUGACACCGCCCC